AUGGCAACUAUCUACUAUGAGCCCACUGGCUGCAACUGCGAUAACAAAACCACCUAUGAUCAAUCUCAGAUCAACUCUGCUUGCACCCAAGCUCUGAGCCUGGCAUCCCAGAAAAAGACUCUCGGACGAGACAAAUAUCCGCACGCCUACAAUGACUACGAAAAGUUCUCUUUUAGCCAUGCUCAAAAACCCUAUCUCGAAUUCCCCAUUUUAGAAUCGGGUUCCUACACUGAUGACGAGUCCCCGGGUGCCGACCGAGUCGUGAUCGGCAGCAUCUCUAGUGAUUAUUCGUCUGCAGUCUUCUGUGCCGUGUUGACGCACGAUGGCAGUACGAAGAAUGGAUUUACGGAGUGCCAAGAUGAUACUGUGAAUACGAGUGGGAAGGGAACUUAUGAGAAGAAGACGGGUGGGAGGGGAACGGAGCCGGGUGAGGGGCGGAAGCUGUUGGAUCGUAUUGACAUUUGA